AUGGGACAGGGUCAAGAGGUCAAGACUAGGAUUGAACCACAAGUUGAAAUUCAGGAAAGAGGUGAAAUAUUUUUCUUCUAUAGGCCAAAAGUUUACAAAGAAGAAGCUCACAGCGCAGACGAUGUGCAACGUUUGUAUAUUGUGCUUCGGCCAGAGUCCGGUGAGAGGACAGUGGAAGAGAAGCAAGACUCUGAUUCAGGCAAGGAAGGAGCCAAGAAGGGGUCUAAAGGGAGUGAAAGUGGCUCUAAAAAGAGUGGAAUUGAAGGUGGACAUGGUAGCCAGGAAGUGAACAUUGAGAAGCAGCCCUUAUUGUGAUUUAUUGUCAUGGGAGGGAAAAGCCUUCCGGAUCCAAGCAAGAAAAGUUGACCAUAUUGGGGUUUUGUCGAGAUGGUUACUACCAAUAUAGAAGAUGUGAAGACUGCUCUAAAAGAAGAGGAAUAUGAUACUAUAACUAAAGGGCACCACCGAACCUCUCCUGCAAGAGCAUUGGGAGAAGGCAUUUACCGCAUAUUGAGGCACAAGCCUGGAAAGAAAACACACACCCAUUUGAUUUACAAGCUUGAACUUCCACCCCAAGAUGAGAAGAAUGAGCCACAAGAGUCACUUAACAUUGAACCGGAAGGCUCAUUCCUGAUACAAAUAAAGAACCCGGAUCAGCAUGGCACAUCCCAGUUCAGAGGGCUACAAAACAAGCGCAAGGCUGUGUUUCCUGCACACCUCCAUGGACAGUUUCGACAACUACGGUACUGCCCAGCUGAUCCACCGGACUUCUUGAACUACGAAGGAUGUGAAUUCUUGCUCAUAUCAGCUUCAGAUGACAUAGAAGAGGAGUUGGGUUUGGAGCAAGACGGAGAAAGUGAUGCAUCUUGUUCUGAUUUGGUCAGGACUUUUGGAGAGACUGCUUCUACUAGUGCCCUUUUGAAAGGCACCUGGGUUUGAAUUGAAUCUCUCCCCAUCCAGUGCUCUACAUACAGAUGCAAUGCUAGUUGAGAUGCUACUACUGCUCCCUUUAGGUUCCAUUUUGCUGUGUAGAUCAUGUUGGUACUAGUUGGGUUAUAUAGGUAACUCACGAUCAUGCAUUAGCAUGCACAAGAACGCUU